AUGAACACCGUGAAACAAGGUACGAAGUUCACACAAGACUUUAAAACGUACGCUAUAGAGAAUGAUUCGGGUAAAGUAGUCUCCUUCUUCCACGACAUCCCCUUACAGUUUGACCCUGCUACCCGGACAGCCAACAUGGUGGUGGAAGUACCUCGAUGGUCCAACGCUAAGUUUGAAAUAUCAACGUCUCAACCAGGCAACCCUAUAGUCCAGGACGUGAAGAAGGGAUCAGUCAGGUUUGUAAAGAACCUUUUCCCUUUUAAAGGGUACAUUCAUAACUACGGGGCAUUCCCCCAAACGUGGGAAGACCCCACGACGACCCAUGGAGAUCUUUCGGUCGUGGGGGAUAAUGAUCCUUUAGAUGUAUGCGAGAUCGGUCUGCGAGUGUUACAAACCGGUGACGUCAAAAGAGUCAAGGUGUUAGGGUCUCUAGCCAUGAUAGACGAUGGAGAAUUGGAUUGGAAGAUAAUAGCUAUAGACAUUGAAGAUGAAUUGGCGGGUCAAUUGAAGGAUAUUCCUGAUGUGGAGAAACAUUGUCCUGGGCUCUUGAGCUCCACUAGAAGAUGGUUCAGGGACUAUAAGCUUCCAGAUGGCAAACCUCCCAAUGUAUUUGCUCACGAUGGGAUCUUUCUUUCACUGGAAAAGACAGUACAAAUCAUACAACAAUGUAGCAAUAGCUGGAAACGGUUAAUUGCGGGUGAGGUAACCUCUGCAAAGAGCUUACCUGCUACUGAAAAUGUUUCUAACAGUGGUUCACCCAAGUUGAUACAAUCUUUUGAUUUAGUAGCCAAUGACUAUAAGGGUGAAGGCCCCAUUCCGCCGGAGAUAGAUAAGAGUUAUUAUUAUUUAUAG